AUGAAGGGUCUUGUUGGUGGAAUCCCGCUGGCCCUCCUGGUCGCCGCUGCUCAAGCGCAGGGCUUUGAAGGCCACCAUGGUCGCGUCCCGCCCCAGAAUGGCGGCACGGCUCUGGGUGGACCGUCUGGCAACGACGGGGAUGGCAACAUCCCUGCUCCCUACCCCGCCGACGUCCACACGAACAGCCAUGUGAACGAGUGGAGCAAGGAAAACCAUGCCGUGGACCUGAAGAACACGGAUGUGUACCCGCCCCCAGCACCGCAGCCCUUUGGCCCGCCCAUCCCUGGUCAUGUUCAUGGAGGGGGUUCUUUCCCAAAGCGUAGCUGGCCCUCUGGGGGCACCGCUGAGGGUGGCCCCUCCGGCAAUGACGAGGGCCAAAGCUUUAACAUGCCCAUCACUGGAAACUUCCACACGGAUGUCAAUGAGCUGAGUGAUGAUGACCACUCGAUUCACGUCAAGAACAAGGACAUCCAUCCGCCGCCUUUCCCGCCUCACCCGCCUCACGGCGGUCCCCCCGGUGCUUUCCACGGCCCGCCUCACGGCCCGCCAGGUGGUCCUCCUAGCGGUCCUCCUCACGGCCCUCCGGGUGGUCCUCCUAGCGGUCCUCACGGUCCUCCUCACGGUCCUCACGGAUCGCCCAACGGCCCGCCUGCCGGUCCUCCUGGUGGCCACGCGGGUGGUCCUUCGGGCCCGCCCUCGCACGCCCUGCGCACCCCGACUGACGCCUUCGAGAAGCGCUUCGGUCCUGAGGAAGGCGGCACCGCUCUCGGUGGCCCGUCUGGUAACGACGGUGGUCACGAAUCUGCCGGAUUCCCCGGUCAUGGCCACAACGGUGGCACCGCGCUGGGCGGACCGUCUGGUAACGACGGUGACCACGGACCUGCCGGAUUCCCCGGUCAUGGCCACAACGGUGGUACCGCGCUGGGCGGACCGUCCGGCAACGAUGGCGGCCAGGGCUUCUCUCGCCCCGUCGACGUGAACACCAACAGCGCCGUCAACGAGGCCUACAAGGAUGACCACUCGAUUGACCUCAAGCACAAGGAUGUUUACCCGCCUCCCCCGCCGCCUCACUUCCCUCCCCACGGUGGCCCUCCCCACGGUGGCCCUCCUGGCGGCCCUCCCGCUGGCGGUGCUCGUCCUUUCCGCCGUGCUUUCGCUCCUGAGCCCCAAAACGGUGGUACCGCUCUUGGUGGCCCAUCCGGCUACGACGGCGAUGGCGACUUUGUGGAUCCCACUACCGUGGACACCAACAGCGAUGUAAACGAGCACCAUGAGGACAAUCACGCUGUGAAGGGUGACUUCACCAACGUGCACCCGGCCCCGGUCCCUGAGCUUCCCUGGAUGGAAUACAGCCACCCCCCCGCCGGUCCCGCUGAAGUCCCGGAGUCUGCUCCUCACGGCCCCCCGUCUCCCCCUGAGGGACCUCCCUCCCACGGUGCCCCCUCCGGACCUCUCUCCGGUCCCCCUGCAGGCGCUCCGGCUUCGCCCCCUAGCGACGCCUUCGAGGGCCCUCCUAAGAGUCACACUCCCCCUCGCGAGGAGCACGAGAACGCGCCCGAGUGCGCCGCUAAGGCCCAGGUCGUGCACACCGUGACCAAGACACACACCCAGUACAGACAGGCUACAGCCACCCCCAUGGCCUUUGCCCAGCCCUCUUACUCGCACGGCGUCCAGGCCAGCUCGAUGCCCAUGGGCGCAACCCCCAUGCAGUCCUCUGCUAUGGCCGACCCCAAGAUGCUGUACUCGAGCGCUAUCCCCAUGCAGUCGUCAGCCUUUGACCCCAAGAUGAUGUACUCGACCCCAGCUGUGCACUCCGCCGCUGUCCCUAUGGCCUCCUCGUCGCACAUCCCGUACGAGAGCUACAACUACUCUCCGCUGAACAGCCAUGCGGCCUCGUACUCCCAGAUCCCUGUGCACGUCCCCAUGGCUACCCCGGCCUCGUCCUCCAUGGGCUCUGCCAUGCCUUCCAAUGGCAUGGCCAAGAUGAUGCCCAGUGGAGCCUCGCCUGAGUUCAGCUCUCGCGCUUCGGUGUCCGCCUCGGCCUCGGCCUCGGCCUCACACGGCCCCAUGUUCACCGGCGACGCCGCUCGCCUUUCCGGUGGCAUUUUCUCGGCUGCCGCCGCCGUCAUGGGUGUUCUGGCUUUCAUCCUGUAA